CAAUCACCCAUGGUGGUUGUGGGCAUUGUGGGCUACGUGGAAACCCCUCGAGGCCUCCGGACCUUCAAGACUGUCUUCGCUGAGCACAUCAGUGAUGAAUGCAAGAGGCGUUUCUAUAAGAAUUGGCAUAAAUCUAAGAAGAAGGCCUUUACCAAGUACUGCAAGAAAUGGCAGGAUGAGGAUGGCAAGAAGCAGCUGGAGAAGGACUUCAGCAGCAUGAAGAAAUAUUGCCAAGUCAUCCGUGUCAUUGCCCACACCCAGAUGUGCCUGCUCCCUCUGCGCCAGAAGAAGGCCCACCUGAUGGAGAUCCAGGUGAACGGAGGCACUGUGGCCGAGAAGCUGGACUGGGCCCGCGAGAGGCUCGAGCAGCAGGUACCUGUGAACCAAGUGUUUGGACAGGAUGAGAUGAUCGACGUCAUCGGGGUGACCAAGGGCAAAGGCUACAAAGGGGUCACCAGUCGUUGGCACACCAAGAAGCUGCCCCGCAAGACCCACCGAGGCCUGCACAAGGUGGCCUGUAUUGGGGCGUGGCAUCCUGCUCGGGUAGCCUUCUCUGUGGCACGCGCUGGGCAGAAAGGUUACCAUCACCGCACUGAGAUCAACAAGAAGAUCCUUCUAUUCUUUCCUUCUCUACUUAUCUGCACUGAACCUCCAGCAAUUCAUCAAUUACAGUUCAGGUUUUCCUACCCAGUUACUGUUUUCAUGGAGGUUUCUGCCUGUGCAUUUCUGCUCCAGUACAUGGAACUCUCUUCACUCUAUCCUGCUGUAUAA